GUGAACGCGGCAGGAGGCGCGACCAAGUGAAGAGUUAAAACAAGGACGACGACAACAAACACACGGAUGUCGAUUGGUAGAGCUUGACGGCACAAUCGUGAAAACGCACAAUUAGUUGUCGAAUUGAGGAAUUAUUUGCUCUUCAACCCAGCAGCGAUGUGACGAGGACAGGACGUACAUUGCUGUCCCUUUUCCGAGCAGCGACCGCUAGCUGUACGGCUGUAAACAGUGACGUCAUGGUCUAUGAGACGCCACAGCGUAACGCUGAGUAAGCGCCUCUAAAGGCAGGGUGGGGGUGGCAAAGAGGAGCCAUUGCCAUGGAGGUUCGCUUCGGCAGCAUCGUCUUCAGCUCCAAGUUUGACUCGGGCAACCUGGCCCGUGUGGAGAGGGUGACCAAGACCACCCCCAGCCCCACUCCUGAUGCCACCACCGCGGCUGCCCCUGGGGGGUCCGCGUCGGCACCAAACAUCCCGGACUUUGAGUUCAACGUUUGGACGCAGCCGGACUGUGGUGGCACAGAACACGAGAACGGCAACAGGUCCUGGUUUCACUUCAGCGUGCAAGGUGUUGCACCUGGCAAGCUGCUGAAGCUCAACGUGAUGAACAUGAACAAUCAGAGGAAGCUCUACAGUCAAGGCAUGGCUCCCCUGGUACGCACUUUACCUGGUAAGAACAGGUGGGAGAGGGUCCGCGACAGACCGACCACUGAGAUUGUCCGUAACCAGUUCAUGCUAUCCUUCGCGCACCGGCUGCCGGAUGUGCGAGGAGCCACCACUUUCUUCUCCUUCUGCUUCCCAUUCUCGUACACAGAGUGCCAGGAGAUGCUGCAGCAUUUGGAUACAAGCUGCCAGAAUACCGCUGAGCUCUGCCCCAGUAGCCCCGCCGACACCGUGUACUAUCACAGAGAGUUGCUGUGCCGCUCCCUGGAUGGCAACAGGGUGGACCUGCUCACUGUGACCAACUGCAGCGGGAUGCAGGACGAGCGAGAGCCUCGUCUGCCUCAGCUGUUCCCAGACGGCGACUCCCCGCGGCCUCAUCGCUUUGCUGACAAAAAAGUGUUCUUCCUGAGCAGUCGCGUACACCCGGGUGAGACCCCCGCCUCGUUUGUCUUCAACGGCUUCCUCAGCUUCAUCCUACGGAAAGACGACCCGCGAGCCCACGCGCUGCGUAACAUGUUUGUCUUCAAGCUCAUCCCCAUGCUCAACCCCGACGGUGUCAUGAGAGGACACUACAGGACGGACUCUCGGGGUGUGAACCUGAACAGACAGUACUUGAAUCCCAGCCCUGAGCGGCACCCGUCAAUCUACGCCGCCAAAACGCUGCUGCUGUACCAUCACGUACACAACCGUGUGUACAGCACACAGUCCAUCGACCCCCCUGGCCAGGCCCCGCCCAUCCAGAGCGAGGUUGCCGUCCAGUCCCAAACUCCUUCUCUCACCGCCUUGGAAGUCAGCCUGAACCAGCGCAACACAGAGAAGGACGCGAAUGCGGCCCAGCCUGAGGUCACCAUGGCAACGGAGGAAAACAGUUGGGCGGCCAAAGACGAGGUAACGAAGGAAGGCCUCGGCAGCUUGUCCGGCUCUUCUGAGACGGUCGCCGUGCCGCCACCAGAACAACCGGCGCCACUGCAGCCACAGGACAACGAGGAGCAGGAAUUCAUUCCACCGGAGCAGGGGGGUGUGGCCUACUAUGUGGACUUGCAUGGCCACGCCUCCAAGCGGGGCUGCUUCAUGUAUGGAAACAAUCUUCCUGACGAGAGCCAGCAGGUGGAGAACAUGUUGUACCCGAAGCUGAUCGCCAUCAAUUCGCCGCAUUUUGACUUUGUUGGUUGCAACUUUUCGGAGAAAAACAUGUACGCACGGGACAAACGUGACGGUCAGUCGAAGGAAGGCAGCGGGCGGGUGGCCGUCCACAAAGCCAUCGGACUUCUUCACAGCUACACUUUGGAGUGCAACUACAACACAGGGAAAGCUCUGACCGCCAUCCCAGCAGCUUGCCAUGACAACGGGAGGGCCACGCCCCCGCCCACGCCCACAUUCCCUCCCAAAUACACGCCAGAAAUAUUCGAACAGGUGGGACGCGCAGUGGCGAUCUCGGCGUUGGACAUGGCAGAGUGCAACCCGUGGCCGCGUCUGGUUCUGUCUGAGCACAGCUGCCUCGGGAACCUGCGGGCGUGGGUCCUAAGGCAUGUCCGCAGCACCAAUGUCCAGACCGCCAACCCACCUUCGCAACCGGCGCCAAAGACGAACCCCAAUAGUAAAGUGUCUCCGCCAAAGACCUUCAACAACGGUCUGAGCGGCUCGGCACCCGAGGGCACCCUCAGUCGCGUUCGCUGCAACAGCCAGAGCAGCAGCAGCCUGACGCCCUCCCCGAAGAUGCACAACUCGCCCAGCUUUACCUUCAGGUGCCCACCACCAAGGGCGAACACUCAGAGCCACAGCGUGCAUGGCAGCCACAAGUCCCACGGGUCUGUGCGGGAUGCUAAACCUCCAGAAAAGCGACGCCCGCCUCACCAACGUGCUGUCCUGUGUUCCCCAAGCAACAGUCACACACCCACCCUCGCUCAUCCUCCACCUUCCUCACCCCCUUCCUCCUCCUUGUCUUCAUCGUCGGCGUGCGUAGCGGGCUCCUGUCCUCUCCCGGCCUCAAUCAGUAUGGCAGGCCUGCGCUGUCCAGACUUUAAGGCAGGCGCGCCCGCUACGGCCGCCUGGGCCAAAACACCUUUUGCCGCACGCCCCAGCGGAGGGGGACGAGGGGGACGAAAUUCUAACCCCAACCCGAGCCAUCGUGCCAUGGGGACCACUAAAGACUGGGGGCCCGAGCACAUCCUGGCCUCUGUCACAUUGACAAAGUGUGAGCUGCAGCCACGCGUGGGCAAGGUCUCCAACCGUAAGGCAGGGUCAUCUGAAAGCCACAGCAAGACUCGCUCAAAUGUAAUCCUCCAAGAUGAUGAAGAACGAGCCAAGCCACAGACCUGCAAAGCCCCCAUGAGGACCACAGCCAACGCCCAUGUUGUGAAAUAGCAACCCUGUGACGUCUUCAAUUGGGUAUACAUGUACAAUUCAACGAGAUGUAUGAAAGACACAUUUUUUGAAACAUUUCAACAUUAAAUUGGGCUAAUGAAGUGGCCCGUGUGAUUAAUGUAGAGUACAUUAUUUGUAUUCAAUAAAUGUGCUUCUUGUUGCUAGAGGUUUAAGUGCCUUCACUAAAGAGAACAUAAGCAAGCAGCAAGACAAUACUAUCUUGUUGUUGCGGUUGUUUUCUGUUCGGCUGCUUCACCUCCCAAAAUAUAAAACUGACACCCUCAUAUCUACAUUACCCCUCCUCCAUUCUAUUUAUUCUGACUGAUGAGCACCAUAGCACCUUGUCCACCUCACUGGUGUAUCUUAUUAAUCUCCAGGUUGUGUGUUUUGUUGCCAAUACGUUUGUUAUGAAUUUAAAGUCACUUUUUGUCUUGUGACUAAAUGUGAAGAUGUUUCACGGUUGAGUACAAACACGACUAAGUAUAAUUGCCCUGUGGACCAUAAGUGUUUAAUAUUCCAUAAAAAAUAUUUUGUAAAAGCCAACUUUGGGUCGUCAUUU